AUGGAGACGCCAGGCGCGUCUGCCAACGCGACUUCCUUCUUGCCGUCGCCAGCAGACUUACUCAUGGCAUUACCGCGCCUUUUCUCCAAGGCCAGUUCUCUCGGCGACAUGAUGCGCUCGGGUGGAAGCGUUAUCGCGGAACCUACGGCCAACAUGACAAACAGCACCAUGACGACUACGGGCUCGGGCUUUGUACAGGAAUCCAUCGCUGCAGCGGCUUCUGCGAUUUCGACCGAGGGCGAGAUGACCGUGUGGCAAGCUUUGAGGAACGUAGCCGCCUGGUUCAGCUACAUCACCUCCAAAUGGGCCGUCGCAACAUUCGCCCUGGCAAUCGUGCUGAACAGAACCCACUUCUACGCCAACAGCCGCGUUCCACUUUCCUUCGACCGCCUCUACCUUCGUUUCGCCCUCUACAUCAUGCCCUUGAUCCUCUUCCUCUAUCAGACGCAGAACACUCUACGGGCGAUACGCUGUCAAACCUCCCCGGGUUGGUCAGAGAUGCAGUACGGAGCGGAUGGUAGGCAACUGGACACAGACUUCGGUGGCGAAGGCGGCUUCCUAUGGCAGGUCACGUCAAAGAUACUCUUCUGGGAGACUACAGAGAGCUCAUGUCGAGCUGCGAAUAUGUUGCCCAUCGGCCCGGCGACCACGCGGCCUUCUGGAUCGCUAUCGCUUCUAUGGCCCAUGUUUGUGACACUUGGAUUUGGCCAGUUCGUUGAUACCUUGGCCUGCGCCUUGCAAGGAAGACGCCCGAUUCAGGAAGUCGGAAUGACCAUCUUCGAACAUUCGCUCGCAUUUGCAGAGGCUGAGGCUGUCGUCACCAAGCCGCUAGCGGUCGAUUCCGUACGCUUCUUUAAACCGAAGUCUGUCUUCACUCCAGAUGGCACAUCCUUCACGAUUCCGAGGUCGAAGCUCUCCAAGAUCGCCAAUGUACCACCGGAAGUCCUGUUGAUUUCUCUCAUCUCUAGUUUCAGCCACUUCAUGAGCAACCUGUUAGCAAUCGCCGGAGUGCGCUCUAGAUGGCGACUCGUCACGACAACAAUCUGCGGACUUGCCUACAUGUCAGCUUUCGCAUGGAGCUGUGUUCGUCUGGCAACUAUGGUCACUGAUCCAGACCACUAUGUGGGGAUCCUGAGAUUUCCUACUGUAUGCAUCAUUGGAUUCAUCCCGCACUUGCUGAUACUUGUGGGCAUCGCGAUAUGCGCACUAAUCUACCUGCUGGCCUUCAUCAUCACCGUACUAUCUCCACCUGCAGGACACGCCAACAACUUGUCUCUGAGAGAGAGAUUCGCAUCCGCUUACGGCAAUCUACAUGCCAACAUUCAUCUGUCUUCGAUUACGCCUUUGACUAUUAAUUGGCACGAAGACUUUUAUACAACUAUACUCAAGGUAGGCUACGUCAUUUUGACAUCCGCCAGUGAAGCCGUGUUUCUCAACGAAGGAACUAAGGUCAAUGUGCACCCAAUGACCUGGCUCGAAAAGCAGAGGCUGCAGGAACUGCUCGCUCGGCGAAGAAGAACACGAGAAAUGAUAACCGACAUCCCGUCCGAGCUCAGGAACGACACAUUCGCGCAAGGCAUCGAGGUAGUUGACGAACUUAACGAUGUCAGAACGGAUACAUCACUGUCAGGUUAUGCAAAAGAACGUAAAACGCGAGGAGUACAGGCAUCCACUGAACCAGCCAUUGGACAGAAUGAUCCUGCGAUCCAACAGCGUAGUCGCUACUUGCAGACCUAUCAGUUCUUCUUCCGUAUAUCAAAGUUGAUUAUACUUAGUCUCGCAAGGAUCACAGACUGGGCGUUGACUAAGAUCUCGAUCAGCUAUCGACCAAGAUGGCUACAACGCGCUGUUGGGUUCCACGCUGAUCAUGUUGAUAAGAUGUAUGCUCCGCGACACCCUGAUCAAGCGUUGGCAAGAGAAUCAUGGCUUACCACAGAUGACCGGUCUCGAAUUCGCCAGGACCGGAAUUUUGACGUUGAAGUCUUUGCGAAGGAGAGGCUCCGACAGAGUGGGUUCUAUUCGGGACCCAACGGGGAAGAUUCUGAAGAACGUCUUGACGACUACCUGUACUCUUGGUGGCGCAACGGUAGCCUAUGGAAUGACGUUGACAACACCAGAGACUAUGUUGACUCGCAAGAUGAUGACACGACUAGUGUAGUGUCAUUUGCUACCACAACAGACAACGACGAGUGGUCAGACAUGGAUGACGGUCAAAGAACACCUACGCGUGCAACCUACCAGAGAAGUCGGGAAGCAACACCCAUCCCUGACGACGCAAUGGACUUCUCGAGACUCUCUCAACUUCUGGAUCCGAAAUCUAGUGAGGAUCGCGAAGAAGCCAAGCUGCUGUCUCGCCACCUCCAGAGCUCCAAUAUCAUGACACGCUCGCAGUACCGCAAAGCUCUUGAGCGCGAAGAGGCGAAGAUCCUCACAACGUCACGCUACAAGAUGAGCGGCGGCGUCAAUAUGACGCCUGAAGAAGAAGAGCAGCUUCUGGAAGAUCUAAUCCUCAGUCGUCGAAGCGCAACAGCCCCGCAAGGCGCAAGUACAGCUGGAAGCUGGGACACGGGUGCAGAAGAUGUCGCCAAGGACAGUACUGGUGUGGCCAUGUGGUUGCUUGAGCCUGUGCGACGAUUGUCGGGUGGGGUUGGCUUCGAAGAACUACACGGCCCAGAGCCCAUCAACGCAUCACAAAACGUUUCGUACCAGCAAACCUCUUUCGACACCGCCACCACCUCCCAGCAUGGACAGCGCCGCAGCCUUGACUUCCAGGUCUCUCUGCAGCCUCACUCAGGUGAGGUGCGGGGAGAGUCUGGACCACAACCCCGCGGGUUCGCACGCGAUGCGACGCGUUCAGAGGCCGAGGAUACAGUCGGGACCGUGGAAACAGAUGGACUGAAGCGCGUCGCGUCUCCCUCACCACCUCCGAGGGACAGGAUCACCGAAUACGAGAAUGCGCUGAAGUCUUCACCGCGAAAGCCUGCCGACGGGCCCCUCUUCGAGAUCGUCAAGAGUAACAAGAAGCCUAGCGAUAAGAGCUCGCCCAUCGCGAACCUGCCUAAUGGUGUGUACAAAUGCCUCGAGAACGGGCGGAACGCGAAUGCACGAGUGGCAUUCGGUCGCUACUUCCCUGGCCCACACUCACUCGAAGAUGCCGCCUUUCGUUCAGCCCUUGAGGGCAGUGGCUCAGUCGUGCGAUCAGAGAAGAGACGCUUCACCAGGCUCACUGCGCUGGCAUCGUGGAGAAGCGAGUACAUUCUACGCACGAGACUAUUGCGGUCUUUGGUCAGGGGCAAGCCUGUACAGGUACCUGCGACACCGUCCCGCGCAUCUCAAAUGCAGACCAUCACCCCGAUGAUUACCUACGAUGCGAAAACGUAUACCAUCAUCAAUCAUCUGCAGGCCACAUUUGGAUCGGGUUUGAAUAAGAAGAUGCCGCGUUUCAUCCAUGGUGCAGACGAUAUCGGCAUGGUGACCAGCAGCGAUCCGAUGACUGGCAAAGUGGAUCCUUGGGGACAGAGCGACCCUCAUUUCUAUGGCCAAUUCUCAGAACGCUUUCCGGGUACCGCAGAGUGGGGUCUGGGCUCAGGAGAGGUCGUCGGGCGACCCAAUGUCAUGGACAUAUCGCAGCCAUACGGCAUGAUCUAUGGCCAGGGCUGUCCCGAGGGCUCGUGUUAUUACCGCUCCCUUGAGGAGAUGCGUGGUCGAUUCAUAGCUGAACCCACCGACUUUGCUAUGCCUGAAUUUGGUAUACCAAAGCUAGGCAUCGACGGCGGUGCUAUCUGCAGCGUUUGGAUCGCCAAGUCAAACACGAUCCCGACCCUUUCGGAUGGCUUGAUAGGCAUGAUGAUGGGAUCUGCGGCUGGUGUCGUCAGUGCCUGUAGCAUCGGUACAGAUGGUCUUCGCUCGUCCCGUGUACAGCGUGGGGAGCUGACUGCGCGCUGGGUUCUCAGCCCAGGAGUACCUAUCAUUGCCAUCGCCGUCGACGAACAAUACUCAACCAAGCGCUAUGCUCAGAACCGCAUUUGGGCGGUCGCUCUGAAUGCACUUGGCGAGAUCUUCUACCUCACCAAAUUUCCAACUCGCAGCCAGGCCACGAAAGGCGACAUUGAGCACUACUCCGAGUAUCUGGGUUGGCUCACUGGCCGCACCGUCUACUGGAACUUGGUGGAGCCCAGCCGACGUACUGCGAGGCCUGACCCGUAUAGCGAUGCCGAUGUCGACGGUAGUUAUUCGCCGCGAACAUCAUGGGAUGGCAUGUGCUUAAGCAAGGAUCAGAUCAUCGCUGAAACAAGGGAGAUCCAAGAAUAUCUUCGCAAGCAGCCGAAACAUUUCCGAAAAGCAUGUCUUGGAUGGGAUAUGCGACGAACGCUCGAGGUUGACUUUGCUGGAGACGAUGGAAAUCAUGCUGGGGAAUCCGUAGUGGUCUUCGAAUGCGGACUUGAAGAGGGAGACGUCGCCGACGUUAAACGCUUCACCCGAUGUAAGAUUGACGAAAAGGACAAGAGUACGAAUGUCUCAACUCGCAUUUUCACGCCUCAGCCUGCGCAAGCUACAUCUUUAUUCGGCGGUCCUGGCGCAGAUCUUACAAAGCCUCCUCGUGGUCGCAGCUCUUCCUACAUCUCGUCCACAAGUUCACCAGAACGAGCCGCUCUGUUCGAAGAAUGGAGGUGCUCAAAGCUUACGUUCGGCGGGUUCAAGAGCACUCAAGUCACUACAACUGCUUUGGACGUCUCUACCUUCGCGACUUUGACCUUGUUUGAGGACCCUGCGCUUGGUUUCUCGACUGCCUCGACUGCAUCCUCGCCUUACUCUUCUCCGAUGUCUGUUGCAAGCCAGCCGGCCUCUCCCUCUGACAUUCCUGGACAGCGCGCAAGGUUCCUCGCCGCUGGUACCAAGUCUGGCGUGGUGCUGGUUUGGGAUGUCCGGGCGCCUACGUCGCGCUCGUCGGAGUACACAAAUGAUAUUGAGCCUGUUCGUGUCAUCUACACCGACUCGCCAGAGAUAUCCUGCGUGGCUGUCACUUCACUCUAUCUCGUAGCAGGUGGAAACGACGGCUUGGUACAGGCAUGGGAUCCACUGGCUUCGAGCAUGUCGCCCAUAACAACGCUUCACUCCCGACAUGCGUCGCGUGCUCGUAGACAGCUUGUGCAGGCCCAGGCUUCCGUUCAAGGAGUCGGCAUCAACAUGUUUGCUGCUGGUGCUGUAUGUCUUGAUCCCGAUCCGACCGUCUUGCGCGGUGCAGUGUCUCUUGGCAAUCAGCUUCGAUUCUGGAGUUACAGCUCAUCUGCAGCCGAUCAGUAUAGAAGCAGUAAACGCAGGCUGCGAAGAGCCGAGCGUGGAAGUAACAAUACCACAGAGCGCUUCGCCGGUACAGGCAGAGUCAACCUGAAGAACUACAUUGCCAACGAACAGUUCGAGUUGGAGCGUGAUAGACAAGAGCGUCACAAGCAGGCCGAGCGUUUGGCAGGCCGUUUUGGCACGGAGCUACUAAGCGAAGAGGAGGCUCUAGCAUACGCUGCAAUGCUUUCGCAAGAGGCUGCCGAGGCAGACGAACUACGCCGCAUCGAGCGCGAGAGCAGUGCCCUUAAGAGUGAGCCUGUAACGCCAGAGGCGAGCGUCCAGGGCCAACCUUCAUCGCCUGAUACCAAGGACGACGACGAACUCGAUGCCGACAUCGCCGAAGCCAUCCGUCUUUCUCUCAACGAUAGCUCCGGAGCUGGCAACUAUGAACCCGCCUCUACGCCUCCUUCUGCGUUCGGGAUUCCGAUCAAGUACGCCAAGAGCAAAAAGUCUCCGUCAUCCCGCUCCCAGAAGAGCACGCCCAGGAAGGGUAAGGCUGCUGCUGGAUCAAGUAAUGGAAGCGAGCUGUCAGAUUUGGAGUUUGCUAUGCAACUGAGUCUUGCUGAAGAGCAGAGUCGAAAGGAUGCCGAGGAUGCGUUCCCGCCGCUCAGUCCAGCAGCUGGCAGUAAGGGUAAAGGGAGAAUGUGGUAA